AGCGUCAUGGAUGCUCAACUGAGGAGCGAAGGAAACGAGCAGAGGAGACUCAUCACGCUGGGAAUGGAGUGGAGACUCCUCAGCUUUGGAGGAUUCAGAAUAAAUUAAUUUCUUUGAAGAAAAAAAAAAGAAAAGAAAAAAGAACCGGAGGCACUUUUCUAAAUCGCGUCUCGUGACAUAAAGGAAUCGGAGGAGAAGAGCGGCGGUACAGUAGGAGUCGCGCGCGCGGAUGGAAACGGAGCUCGCGGUGUUUGUAGCAAAUCCUACUCUCGCGAAACAGGAGUGUUGUCCUCGUUUCCGGUGGCGUGUUUGACAGGUUACUGUACAUCGGAUGCAUGUGCAUUGCGAGAUAAAGCGCAUGUGUAGGCGACACCUCCGCGAUGAUGUCGCGCCACAAAUGGACCGAAACCUCGCAUUUCAUUUCACACUUGCCGAGAGUUGGAGCUGGGCAUGACUGAUUCCCAGCGGGUUCAUAUUCUCCAAUAAUCCGGUGAUUUAUUUAUAUCACUGAGUGCUCUUUAAACCAUCGCCCGGCGUGAGAUCUCACCUGUUUAACCACUGCGCCUCUGUGUCCAGAGUAAACCGGGAAUUAAAUAUACAUCCGGUUUAUAUCCUCGAAUAAUAGAGAAAUAAACGUUAUGUGUGUUUAAUAAAGCGUUCAGUGCAGCUCGAGUGUGCAUUCACUGACAUGUAGGCUGGUGUGUGUUCAUACCCUGUAGGAUCAUACCUUGUAAGAUCAUACCCUGUAGGCGUUAGUUAUUUAGUGACAGUAAUAUUUAAAAGGAAACAUCCCGCCUAUAUGUUUAUUUUUUUUUAUUAUUAUUAUUUUUUUUUUUACAGAUGACAUGUAGAGAAGGCUCUAAGAGGGGCAGCCAUGUGGCCUAAAAUUGCAGAAAGUUCCAUGUAAAAGCCCAGUAAAGGCUGCAGGAGGGGGGUAGAGUAGAGGUGUGACUCCUCGCUGAAACUGAGGCAGACUCAGAGUUUAAUCAGAGUCAGCGAGGCCACACAGAAAGAGGAUUGCACCGGAUUAGUGCGCAACUCCUACCACUUUAAAGUCGAGAGUCUCGCUGUGAGGUUGUUUGGAUUUUGUUUACGCAUCGGAUCCGUGAUUGCACACGGUGACGCGAUUAAAAAGAAAUGAAAUAAAUAAUAAUAAUAAUAAUAAUAAUAAUAAAACCAGUGCGGAUAUCCAUCUCCAGAAUCUACAGCAUCUCUACAGCACGGGCCGCUAAAGCCGCCAAAAUGCCUCGAGCAUCCAGACGGACGUCACUGUGUGAGUUGUGAGUGUGUGUGUGUGUGUGUGUUAAACCCAGCGCGCGCUGUGAGUCGGACCUGUUGAGGCGGCGCUCCUCGGCGGGGAAUGUCGUUGAGCACGAGCCCGGUGUGGCGGAGGUGAGCGCGCGCUGUCCGUUUCCCGCUCCGCUAUCGCUGCGAGGAUGCUGCGCUUCCCGGUGAAGAAAAUCAGGAAGCAGUUUAAGCUGCUGCUGUUGCUGGUGCUGCUCACUUUCGCCGUGUGGUUCACCUACCUGCACAUCAACCAGGGCAAGUCCAUCCGACUGCACUUCAACUACGGCAAAGAUGGAGAGAGGCAAGCAGAGGGGACUGACGCCAGUCACAAGAGAAACUCGCGCUCCUCAGAUAGCCAUCACAAGAGUGAGGACACCAGCGAUAGCCAUGAAGAAGACACAUCGGAGGAUGAGCUUCACGCUGCUGCAGCUGACAGAGAUCAGUCUGAGAUCUUGAAGUUUCUUGCUAAGAAGCACAAGAAGUUGCCAUGGAAACCAGAGUAUAAGGGUCAGACAAACCUGCAUGUGUUUGAAGACUGGUGUGGCUCAUCUACCGCUCAGCUCAGAAAGAACCUUCAUUUUCCUCUCUUUCCCCAUACAAGAACUGUAGUGAAGAAACUGGCUGUUGCUCCCAAAUGGAAAAACUAUGGCUUGAGAAUAUUUGGCUACAUUCAUCCAUACAAAGACGGGGAUUUCCAGUUUGCUGUGGCCUCUGACGAUAACGCAGAGUUCUGGUUGAGUUCAGACGAGAGCCCGCUCAACGCCCGCUUGUUGGUCUACGUGGGCCAGUUGGGGUCAGAAUGGACAGCACCAGGGGAGUUCACCAAAUUCAGGUCUCAGGCUUCCAAAUCUGUCCAUCUCAUCGCUUCCAGAAGGUACUACUUUGAGAUUCUGCACAAGCAGGAUGACAAGGGAUCCGAUCAUGUGGAGGUUGGGUGGCGACCUUUCCUGCCAGGCCUGAAAUAUGAGGUCAUUGAUUCUGCAUACAUCUCCCUGUACACAGAUGAGAGCGGUCUGAAGAUGAACGGUGUGGAUCACAUCCCUCAGACGCUGGCCAGCCACAGUCGACUCCCUGUGGAGACUCAGACCAGCAGGCAGCACGGCGCCGACAUGCUGAAACCUGACCCUCGCGACACCUUCUUCAGGACAGCGAUGAUUGACCCAUCUCGGCUGGAGAACGUGCUGCCACCUUGUCUGUACUCACCCACGUAUGUGGUUAAAGACUUCCCCAUCGCACGCUACCAAGGCCUGCAGUUCGUGUAUCUAUCCUUCGUCUAUCCCAAUGAUUUCACCCGGCUAACGCACAUGGAACGAGAGAACAAGUGUUUCUACCGGGAGUCGCCCAUUUAUCUGGAGAAGUUUGGUUUCUACAAAUACAUGAAAAUGGAUGAAGAGGAGGAUGACAGGCCAUUCUUCUUCCCCAACCCUGACGAUUUUCUUGAAGAAGAGGAAGGCGUGGAUCCUGAAGAUGAAGAAGAGAUCGUGGGCACUCCGCCAUCAAAGCACGUCACACGACCCAGCCAGACGAGUCAAACCUCAAGCCCUUCUCUUAAAUCAGGGUCUGUGGGAACCAGGAAGGAAAAAGGCGUGCAGCUAAAAAAGACAGUACUGAGAGAACAGACACACUACUUCCACAAGGACGAGACUCUGGAUAGGGAUUGGAAGAAGGCUACCGGGCCAGAGGAUCCUGACAGACAGCCUGAGAUGGCUGAGGCUAAGGACACCCAGAAUGACAAUGUAGUGCACGGCCGCUCUUUGUCCUGGAUUCAGAAACACAAAGAAGGAGUGAAGAGAAAGGAGCACGCCCCUAAAUUGAGUCGAUCCUCUCUCCUGUUCCCACAGAAAUCCUCCCUCACAGCACUCACCAACCGAGCUAAGCAGCUUCUGACCAACUCCGCCCAUACUGACCGUAAAGACAAUACUCAUCGUGAUAAUCCAAAACCCCACCCUAACACCAACAAGGAACGCAAGAAAGACAAUAAAAUCUACGUCACUAGACCUCGGUCUGGGAACGAGAAAAAAAAUACUGCCUCACAGCAACCCAGAGAGGUAUUCCCUGGAGUUUUCCUCUAUCACAGUGGGAAAACUACCAAACUAAUGAACCUUAAUUCCAAGCCCAAGGUGAGAAAAGGCGUCCUCGGGGCUUCUCAGUUCCUCGUCAAGCCCCCUCUUAGAGAAAACAGAGUCUAUCCUUUGAGUUCAAACUCCAGUCGGCAGAGUGUGGUUCACCCGGCUUCCAGCAGGGCGGUGCUCACGAGUCACACAGAAAAGAGCAAAUUGGCAGCUACUCCAGUUAGUUCUAUCCUUCAGCCUGCUUCUCCUGUUACUCCUCCCUCCUUUCACAACAUAUCUUUGGAAAACGCUCUGCCUACCGAACCUCCCCGGUUCACCUCCUACCUCCGGACCACUGAGAUCACUGAGACGCAGGUGAAUCGAGCAGAGAUGGAGCCUGAGCAGGAGGAAGAGGGCGACCUAUCAGAGUACAGCUAUGAGGACGUUGAGCCGCGGCCAGGUUGGGCCGAAGAGGCCAUUAACUGGCAGAGGACAUUUUCCGUCAACAGUAUGGACUUUGAGACGUUGCGUUCUGACUGGAAUGAUCUGAGGUGUAACGUCUCGGGCAACCUGCAGCUACCUGAGAGCGAGGUGGUGGACGUGCUUGCGCAGUACAUGGAGAAACUGAAUGAGCACAAUGGAGGUAUCUACACACUCUUGCGGAUUAUAAACGUGGAGAAGAGGCGCGACUCGGCGAGAGGGAACCGCUACCUGAUUGAGCUGGAGCUGAUGGAGAGAGGCAGGAAUGUAGUGCGUCUGUCUGAAUACAUCUACCUCUUAUUGCACCGUGGCCGGAUUGAGGAUAGUCUGGAGACUAGCGAUGGAAUGACUGGCUCACCCCCCUUCGCUCCCAUCUCACCCAAACCCUCUGCCUCCUCUCAGCCGCUCACCCGCACCGGCCGUGCUACCUCACGUCCCGGGACGGUCUACGCCAAACCACUGCUCUGUCAGCCCGUCAUGCUGCAGUGGAAAAGAGAUGUCAUGGUGCACUUUGUGGUGCCUGUGAAGAACCAGGCUCGCUGGGUCCAACAGUUCAUCAGUGACAUGGAGCUCUUGCACCACGAGACCAAAGACGAGAACUUCAACAUCAUCAUUGUGGAUUUCCAGAGUGAUGACAUGGACAUAGAGCAGGCUCUGAGAGACAGCUCUGUGCCACGGUAUGACUAUCUGAGGAGGGAGGGGAAUUUUGAACGCUCAGCUGGAUUGCAGAUUGGAGUGGACACUAUUGAGGACAGUCACAGUAUUGUGUUCCUGUGUGACCUGCACAUUCACUUUCCACUUAACAUCCUGGAGAGCAUCAGGAAGCACUGUGUGGAAGGCAGGCUAGCCUUCGCUCCAAUCGUCAUGAGGCUGGGCUGUGGGAGCUCGCCGCAAGAGCCUGAUGGUUACUGGGAGGUGAAUGGCUUUGGCCUGUUUGGAAUUUAUAAGUCUGACUUUGACAAAAUCGGUGGCAUGAACACAGAGGAGUUUAAAGACCGCUGGGGAGGAGAGGACUGGGAACUGCUGGACAGAGUGCUACAGAACGGCCUGGAGGUGGAGCGCUUGAGAUUACGGAACUUCUUCCACUACUAUCACUCUAAAAGGGGCAUGUGGAACUCCCAGAUAAAGAAGAGCUCAAAAGGCUAAGACUCAGUCCAGAUAUUUAUAUACUGAAAGAGAGAGACUUCACUUAAAAAAAUGGGCUGUCCUGAGCAGUCACAUGACCUCUGAGUCAUGACCUUAUGAACCAUAAAGGAGGGAUACACUCGGACAUGGCCUGGCUACCUUUGUGUAUGCACUUCAGUCCAACCCAAGAGCACUCACUGGACUCUUCUUUGUGCGUUAUCUGUGUGUGUGUGUGUGUGUGUGUGUGUGUGUGUGUGAGAGAGAGAGAGAUUCUUUAUUUGUUAAGAGAGGAUUUUUUUUAUACUUGAAGUAACCAUGCUUGGAAAUUUUUACUGAAAGUGAAGGUAAAACCAGAAAGCGGUCUGCCCAGCAGCUAGUGCAAGAAGACCGUAAUGAUAUCGAGUUAGAUUUCAGGAGAGAUUUUAGACAAGUUGUUUGAUGUGUGCCUCAUCAUGCUGUUAAAUAUGAAGGUAAUUGUGUAGAAGCUUAGCACUCUGGGUAAAUCUGUCCUCUAUGGGUAUAAGACGUUGUUGGUUUAUUUUUUUUUUUAAAUCCACAGCACUGAUUCCUGUUGAGGUGCAGGCUAAUAUGUAUGUUUUCCUUGAUCUGUAUACAUGUCCUAAUAUCUGCCAGCAGAGGGUGACACUGAAAUGCUGAUAGAAAUGAAUCAGUGUAUAUGUUGUGGACAAUAUGGCGCUGCUGAAACGUUCAGACAAAUCACCAUCAUGUUCAUGUUUGGGCAGUAGAGGUGGACGCUGGGGGAGUGUGUCAGCCCGGCGAAAGCUCAUAUUCGAUAUGGACAUUCCCCAUUAUCAGGUUCUGAUGACGCUAAUACGUCAGGACAAGUCAGUUACCCUUCCACCUGCAUGCAAAUAUAUCCUGCAGAUAAACACCACAUAGUUCACUAUAGUCAUAACUCAAAACACGAGAUUUAAGCAAAAGAUUUAAGCUGACGGAGCGUCUGCUGAAAGCCGUGAACUUAAGAACUGAGGUCAAAUGCAAUAAUUUUAAUAAAAGCUGUGACUGGUGAGAGGAAGAAGCAAAUCCCUAUUGUUACAUUAAACUGAAUGGGUUUUCACAUACACUAUGCUAUAUACUGUAAAAUGAUGGAUUGUUGUUCUGGGAUAUGUGUUUAAAGGCGAGAUCAGUUCAUGAACUAAAUCUAUGACUAUACAAUUACAGCUGUCACGUAACAGGAAGCGCCUACACGUCUGUUCUAGCUGUUAAUUAACGUCAACCUGUCAAUCCUCUCAUUAAACGUUUCUGAUAAUAUCAUUUCUCUUCAACAACUGUAUAAUCCUGGUCAGAGUCAGGCACGAGACAGGAAAUACGCACUAGAUAGGAUGCACACAUUCACACGUGUGGUCAGGCUGGUCAUGUUUGGGAGGUGGAAGGAAACCAGAGUACCUGUAGGAAACCAAGACAAACACAUAGUAGUCUGAUUCUCAGGAUUGAACUUGUGUGGAUGUGGGCAGGCUCCAAAACAUUUACAUUUACUUUGAUUGCAUUGGGCAGACUGUGCGUUGGCAUCUCCAUCAAAAAUGCUAGUUCACUAGAUCAGGGACUGAGAGUACGAUCAGUCUAGAUACCCUUGGGUUGGGGAGGUUAGUACAGUAUGGAAAAACACAAGACAAGUAAACGACUCCAGCUAGCCACUAGAGAGCGUCAGAUACAUUUUGGUAUCACUUUUCGCCCACUGUCAUGUUGUCCACCACAUAUGUAGUCAAUAAUAACAAUGCACUAGUGUUGUAGCUGGCUAACCGUCUUUCCUUCUCCUAAAUACACUGAAUAGAUCAGAAAUCCUGCUGAGCUUUGACUUUCAUUCUAACUGGACCUCAGAGAUUGAAACUGGCUAAGCAUUUCAUUUGUUUUGGUUUUUUUUUUGUUUAGUUUUUUUGUCUGUGUGCGUUUGUUUCUCUUUGCCCUGGAUAGACACCAUAAACGUUACAUUCUCAGAUACAAUAUGCACUCUGGCUUGUGUUGAGAAACUCUUCUGUAGCUAUAGAUUGUUUUAGAGUGAGCCAUUACUGUAGUCGAUAGGCUUUCCAGUAGGCAAAUUUUGUUGUCUCCCAUGUGUGCCUUUGUUUUUGGUGUGUUCUUGGCAGACGGUGGCAAGCUGGAUUUUUAAUGGGAUUUUAACUGGUAUAUAAUGAUCAGAAAUUCUCUUCUCUGUUGUAUUGUGUAAAGGAGGAGGAAUGUGUGUCUGAGUUUCACAAGAAAAAUCACUGGAAUUGUCUGGAUGACACUGAUACGGUAACUCCAGAGUUUUAUGCCCUUUAUUUCAAAAGCAAGCAGUAUUUACACUGACAGGAAUGACUCAGGUGCUAAAGAUGUGUAGAAGCGAUCAGCACAUUUCCCGCUUUGUGUCAUUCCAUACAUUACAUCUAACUCUGUUUACACGCUGAUGUAUUCAAACUGGUACGCUGCUUGUUGCGAAGGAUGCCGCACACGUCUAAGGCGGUCACCAUGGCUGCUUUUUUCCAAUUCAUCGACGCUUUCUCUGUGCCCUCUCUUCAAGAACGAAUCCUGCAGACUCUGCCUGUUUUAGGAAGGACGAGACCGAAUGGUUUUGAAUUCAAACAGGGAUCUAUAUUUCGAAGUAAUUUCUGUGAAAUUGUCGUGUAGAUAAAUUUAAGAAUGUAUUGUAUUAUUUUCAUUUUCAGCCUUUUUGGUUAUUUUUGGAAGAAUAAAGUUUUAUGCUGAACUCUCA